ACAGUUUGAUUGAACAUAUAUCAUUUCUUUUAUAUGAAUCAUGCCCACCACAUCAACAAUAAUUUAUGUCGCAUAACUGCACAGCUACGAUUUAAGCAUCUUCUACGAACGAGGACAAAUAUAAUAUGGGUCUCUUCUUAUAUAGAGUUGAGCUAAUAGAUCAAAAUCUUGACAUUGCUUUGUUAUUUUAUUUCUUCCUUUACCUCCUCCUUUGGCUUUUGCUUUAGCUGGUUUUCUUCUGUUUCUUUUUGUUUUAUUGUGAGAAACUAAUAGGGUAAACAACACCUGAUUAAUCCUUCCAUCACUUAUUGUCUCCUUACUACUCUUCUCUUGUAAGACAUUAUUCUACAUAAGAAAAGUUGAAGCUGCCAUUUUUGACUUGAGAAUCUUCAUUUUUCUUUCUUUAUACUCUUCACUUCAAAAUAAUCUUUUCAAAUCAUUAGGGAUCCUUUAUUCUUUUCCCGGGCAGCAUUGGCUCUUGAAUGAUACCACAAGAAGGCAGAUUAAAGAGAGAGUAAGGGUUAUGGCUAUUGACGUUUGCUGUUCGGAGGCUCCUUGUUCUGGCACCAGCCCAAGAAACUCUUUCUCCUAUGAUCUUGACUCACCGGACGGUGACGUCAGAUUAGACUCUACACUUCUUGAUCCAGGUUCGGAGUUCGAUUUCUGCUUUGGCUCAAGUUGUCCUGUUCAAGAAGUAUCCCCAGCUGAUGAACUCUUCUUCGAUGGCAAGAUUCUUCCGGUCCAGAUCAAGAAAGUAAACUUUAGGGUCCAAAGAUCAGCUUCACUCUCGUCAUCUUCUUCUUCAUCUUCCUCUUCUUCAUUACAGAGAUCCCCACCAGAAAAGAAGAUCAUGAGACUCAAAGAGCUGCUGUUGAAUCCUGAAUCUGAUUAUGAAGAAAAGCCUAAGGGGUUGUUCUUGCAGUUCAAGAGAAGCAUAAGCCUCAACUACGAUAAGAGCCGAAACAGCAAAGGGAUAAUCAGAUCGCUUCAGUUCCUCUCACGAAGCAACUCCACAGGCUCUGCUUUAAACCCUAAACCUAACUUGCCUCCCAAGGAAACUUAUCAUCUUCACAAAACUCACAAUCUUCCUAAACAAACGUCUCUUAGAAGAUCAUCUUCGCUCUCAGCUUCAGGUCCUUAUAAGAAACCUCUAGCUAGGAGCAGUUUCGGUAACGGGAACGGUGGAGUUCGAGUUAGUCCGGUCUUAAAUUUCCCACCGCCGGGGUUCAUCUCUAACGUAGCCGACGGAUGUUUCAGCAUUGGUUCAUUCUGUAAUGGAAAGAUGAGCAGGAAGACAAGAGUGUGAAACCAUCUUUUGUCUUUUGUGGCAGGAGAGGAGAGAAAAACUUACAGAAAAUGUAUUUAUAAAAAAAAAAUUUGCUGGUCGUUGUAUAAUAAGUUAAUAAUGGAAUAAUCGACAGAACAUGUGAAGAUUA